UGUCAGUGUUGGAUGGAAUACUCACUUCUCCUCUCCUCAGUCAGCGGUGCUUUCAGCAUCACUGAUAGAACUGCAUGGAGAGAGAUACAUCAUCCAUUGCUCUCUUCUGUUCUGUAAAUCUCUCAAAUAAGGCUAAAAUUAACUUGGAUCUAAAUAUAUAUAACUACAAGUCUCGGAGCUUGAAUCCUGCCUGCGAUAGUGGAAAGGAAUACAUUAUGUGUUUCAAACAAUGAGGAUCAUUCUCUCUGAUGGGAAAUGACGAGUGCGACUGAUUGAACAUAAUAACGAUGGCAGACAAGUGGUCCAUCCCCCACAGGAACCAGAGGAGCUCACCCUGCAAAUUUCCACUGUCACAGCUUCCAUUCCCCUAAGAAUACCCUGACCUUCACAUAUGCAGCCUGCAUGUCAACCCCACACAGGGUAAAUUGAAAGGCUGCUUCUCUGUACCAAGACAACAGGCGAAGUCGUUGCUUUGGUGGACUUGCCAUCAGCAGAAAUACACCUUAUUUUCACAACAAAUGAUUCAGUGUUUGCAAAUUUAACGCCUCUAACUCCAGACCCCAUAAGGACCAUUUACAAGCUGAAGAGAGCAAGACCAAGAUGAAAGACUUGCUGUUAGCGGUUUGCUUGCUGGCAGGACUUGCACUGAAAAACUCAGUUCAGACCUCUGAGUGGAGGGUUGUCUGCCUCAAGCUCUGCAAAUGUGAAGUCCGACCCUGGUUCUCUCCCUCAUCCAUGUAUAACGAGGCUCUGACUGUGGACUGCAAUGAUCAAGGACUUCUGUCUCUACCGGAGAGGUUGCCCUCAGACACACAAGUACUUCUAUCACAGGCCAACAACAUUGCAAAGAUCAGCAGUCCCUUGGAAUCCUUGGUACACCUAAUGGAGGUAGACCUGUCUCAAAACAAUAUAUCCUCAUUGAGCGACAUCUAUCUAGGUCACCUUCCACAACUUCUGUCUUUACACCUAGAGGAGAACUGGCUAAGCAGCCUUCACGAUAACUGCCUUGCACACUUUCCAAACCUUCAGGAGCUCUACAUUAAUCAUAACCUUCUCUCCUUGAUCAGUGCGGAGGCUUUCAAAGGGCUUAACAAGCUCCUGAGGCUCCAUCUCAAUUCAAACCAACUGAGGGCAAUAAGAACAGAGUGGUUCCAUGAUCUUUCCCAGCUAGAAAUCUUGAUGAUAGGGGAGAAUCCAAUUGUCAGAAUACGAGACAUGAAUUUCAAGCCCCUUAUCAAUCUCCGCAGUCUUGUGCUAACCAGAAUGAACCUCACAGAAAUACCUGACAGUGCCCUGGUUGGCCUUGAUAAGCUGGAGAGCAUAUCAUUCUACGAUAACAUGUUCCCGAAAGUACCUCAAGCUGCUCUAAGACAAGUGCUGAAUCUCAAGUUUCUGGAUCUUAACAAGAAUCCCAUAGAGAGGAUCCAAAGAGGGGACUUUGUGGACAUGGUCCAUCUGAAAGAACUAGGCAUUAACAGUAUGCCAGAGUUAGUUUCGAUUGACAGCUUUGCCAUACAUAACCUCCCAGAGUUGACCAAAAUUGAAGCAACAAACAAUCCCAGACUUUCCUACAUUCAUCAGAAUGCUUUCUCCAAGCUUCCCAGACUUGAGUCCCUCAUGCUCAAUAGCAAUGCACUGAGGGCCCUUCAUCGGAUCACAGUGGAGUCCCUGCCUAACCUGCAGGAGGUGAGCUUGCACUCCAACCCCAUUUACUGUGACUGUGUCAUCCGCUGGAUCAAUAUGAACAAGAACAAGGUCCGCUUCAUGGAGCCGGAUGCACUCUUUUGUUCAGGGCCCUUAGAGUUUCAAGGUCAUCUUGUCAGGCACGUACACUUUCGUGAGAUGGCGGAUAUCUGUCUGCCACUGAUUUCACCAGAGAGCCUUCCCGAUCAGGUCAAUGUGGGUAGCGGUCAUUCUAUAUCUAUGCACUGCAGGGCAUUUGCUGAUCCUGAGCCUGAAAUCUAUUGGGUCACACCCUCAGGGGAGAAGAUCUUACCACAAAUGGUUUCCAUCAAGUAUUACCUGCACCCAGAGGGAACAUUUGACAUUUAUGACAUCUCAGAGAAGGAGGCUGGGCAGUACACCUGUGUGGCUCACAAUCUCAUUGGCUCAGAUAUGAGGUCGGUCUCAGUCAUAGUAAACGGGUACUAUCCGGUACCAACAAAUGAAUCUCUGCAUGUACAAGUGAAAGGGAUGGAGCCACAUUCUGUAAGUAUUUCUUGGGUGCCACCCAAGGGAAGCCUUGUGUCGAAUAUUAAGUGGUCGACCAUGUCAAACCGCCUGUCCUUGCAAUUCACAGCUCACGUGCUGUCUGAUGUAAAGACAUUCAACCUCACACACCUACACCCACUGACACAGUAUGAGGUAUGUGUGGAAAUUACAGACCUGCAAAGCAGACACUUGAAGAACUGCUUGAACUUCAGCACCACAGAUGACUCUGUUUCAAAAGGAAAAACGGACAAUGGAAUUGAUUUGUUAUAUAGCAUCACCGCGCUGCUUCUAAUUGUGUCUGCAGUAGUGUGUUCGUUCAUCUACAUAUUGCGGAGGAGUGAUCCCCUUUACAGGAAAUUAAUAAAUCAGCAGUCUGAGAUACUGCCUUCUCACAUUAAGCCAAUGUGGGGGUCAAGGUCUAAAGCCAGUGAUUCAGCCAAUGAAACAGACUUGAGAAAAGGCUCUAUUUGAGAGAUGCAAAGAUUUGUGUUGCAGUGGAAACAGGACUGCGACUAAUAUCUCUUUCAAUCUAAUACUAACUCACGUGGCUGGAUCAUUAUGAAACGGAUUCAGUGUGGUUUGAGGUCUGAGACAUUUCCUGUUAAAUCUGACAUUGAUUGCCAAAAGCCACUAAUUGUUUAAAUGUCACAUUUCACUGAAGAGCAUGAUGGAAAAUGCUAUUUCAUGCAGGAUCAAAGAACAGCACAUGAAAGGUUGUCCAUGACUGUUUACACAAAGUGCAAAGCCUCAGUGUCCAAGACUUUAUAUUGUGGGCUUGUAGCAACACUACUUGUGCUGUUUCAUUGUUAAAAUAAACAAUGCCAAGUUUCUGAUGGACUAUGCUUUAUAGAAUAGUACUCAUGAUAGUACACAUGUACAACACUUUGUGAUAAAAUACAUUUAUACAGAAAAUGACAUCUUGUUGUUUUCAUUGCAAAUGUUUAAUGCUUUACAAUGCUUCUUUUUGCUAAUUACACUGUCAGCUUAAUUUCCAAAUGAACAAGUGACUAGUAUGUUUAAUAUG